CAUGUUGGCGAUGUUUUUAAUUGCCGUGUAUGAAUGGCAUGGCAGUGUACUCUCGGACUAGCUGCAAACUUCAGCACAAGGGCAACUAGCACUCGUUCUCCCGAGGAGGCCUUCCUAUAACAGUAUAGUACAUAUUAGUGAUCAAGUACAAUAGAGUCGGUGGAUGCUUCUCAUGUAAUACUUGAAAAUGGAAAAUAUUAUGACCAAUGUUUUCAUUGCUGGGCUCCCAGCGUGUGCCAUAUAUUUUCUUUACACCAACAUUUAUUGCUCUUAUAAACUACUGAAAGCUAAUGUGGUGUUUGACAGUUGUCAGAGCAUUCCAAGUUUUGCCUACCUUUUUCUCAGAUAUGUAUUCAGAGCUCUUAUCAAAAGACAGGGGCAUUUGUACUUUUGCGAUAGAGAUGUCGAAGGUGAAGUUUCCUUCACCAUCUUUAACUGCAGGUAAACUGAUUGCGCUUGACAAUGUAGCAGUCCAAUUUGUUUUAGUGCUAUGGUUUGAUUUUAUUAUAAUAAUUUCAAACAACACUGCCUUACAAAGAUGGUUGUUUAUUUGUUCACAUUUGGACCAAUUAUCUCCUAUGUGCUGUACUUUUUUCUCUCUAAGGUUCAACAAGGAUCUACUGAGGAGGUUCUGUAGUGCAGCUGGAUAUGGCUGGGACUACCCAGACAUUGAGUUCAGGGAUAUCCCUCUGUGUUACCCAGACACCCUCUGUCUGCGGAUGCUUGACAUAUUAAUAUCUGCUGAGAAGUUCAGAUUGAGCCCUCUGGGUCUAGUCCGGGUACGUCAGAGUUUGAGAACAUGGCAGCCAAUAGAUGAGCUGAAGAAGGGACCCUUCAAGUUGCAGGCUCGUGUGUUAGAGUACAGGGUUGUUGAAGAUGGGGUGGAGGUUGACAUUUCUUUAACUGCCAUUUCACACACUGACCAGCCAGUAUGGGAGAGUGUUUUGACAAUGCUCUCCCAGGACAGAGGCCGAACACCAAACACACAACCUAAAACUGAGUGGUAUGAUGGUCACAUGGACACAUCAGAGCCAGAUGACGUGAAGGCGGUAGAUAUCAAUGUUCCCUGGACUACAGGACUGAAGUUUGUGUGGGCUUUCUCUGACUACUCUCCACGUUGUCUCCUAACUCUUCCUGCUAAACUCUUGGGCUGCAGAUGUACCCCAACUCCUAGUCUAUGGAUGCUGUCUAAAUGUUUGGCUGAAAUUGAAAAGCACAAAGGAGUUGAUGCCAUUAGAGCCCCCAUCUCUGUCACCGCCCAGUUCAAGGAACCAUUGUUGGUACCAGGAAAAGUGACCAUCAAAUUUUGUGAGAGUGCGGGAGUGCAGUCCAAAUGUGUUAGCUUCCAAAUGGAGCAAUACGAGAGGAAGAUACCUCACAUUACGGGACAGAUCUGCAGGACUACUGUAGAGGAUGUGAAUUAAAGAUGAAAACGGCGCCAAUGGCCACCCCAGCACCGUUAUUGUUUUUGUUGCAGAGAUGAGGAGCAUCACGUAGCAUGGUAAAAAAAAAAAAUGCAGUACUCUUCUAUGAUGUGUUAAAUGAUGUCAGAGUUGAAAAAACUGUUUGUUGUUUGCAGUAACUUCUUUGUUGUAAUAUCGCAAAUGGUGUGGCUGCUUCACCAAUAAGGAUUCCAGCUUUAAGAUGAUCAGUUAUGACAUGACAUUCUAUAAAUAUCAGGUAGAUGAAAGUCAUAAUAAUAAGGGAUGAUUGUGUAAUUAUUAGUGGAAUGACAUCUCAUCUUUGCCAUUAUGUGGCAUCCUAGUCAGUGCGGCAUAGGCUUCAUGGCCCAGCAGGUGAUUUACACAAAUGUAUCUUCAAUCCAAAGUACCCCAAUACUGCUACCCUCUAGAGUAGAUAUUUACAUCAAACAAGAACUGCAGUCUUAAGGCAUUUUCUGUGUCCUCUACAACUCUAAUGUUACUAUGUCCACAGAAGCACCAUAAGCUACAGUUGAUGCAGACAAGGUCCCUACAGGGAAUGGAGACUUGAAUAUUUGAUCUGUUUGAUAUUCUUGUUCCCUGCCUUCAUGUUUAUGAAGGUCUUUUCUCUUGUAUUACUCAUUGUAAAAUGGAGGUGUAGGCAGGAAAUAUGUAGAGGAACAUAAACAGUAUUGUUCACUGAAAUGCUUUGUAGAGAUCCAUGAAUUAAACUAUACCUUAAGUUUAAUGUCAGUAUUUACAUAUUUCUGCUAAACUUCAAAGAGUGGUGAUUAGAUUCUGCCUAGGAGUAAAGUGUUAAAUAAAUAUUACUAAAAUGAA